AAUAGCUUGUUUGGUGUUGAAGCGAUCUGUACAUUGUUGGAAGGGAAAACGUUCUUCCUGGGGGGAAAUUUUCCUUUUCGACAUGCCAAAUAAACCAAAGAAAGAGAAGACAGUUACAAAAACAACUGGUGGAACGAAAGCAAACGUAAAAGAAAGUACCGAAAAUGCAGAAAAUGAGGCAAAGAAAAAGGCGACGAAUCAAAAUGCCGAACAGCAUCCACCUCCAGCACAGAUUUCCAAAAUGAAAUUUUCAGGCCCCCCUCACGUCAAGAAAGACAAAAGACAAAAUUCAUCAAGAUUCAACGUGUCUAAAAACAGGGAACUUGUGAAGCUACCACUUUUAAAAGAUGCAACGCCGGCAGAGCGAGAGGAUCUGUUUAUUCAGAAGAUUCGACAGUGUUGUGUGCUGUUUGACUUUGUACAAGAUCCUCUAAGUGACCUCAAAUGGAAGGAGGUGAAGAGGGCAGCCCUGAACGAGAUGGUUGAGUUUGUCACCCAGAACAGGGGUGUCAUCACGGAGGCCAUCUACCCAGAAGCUAUAGUAAUGUUUUCAGUCAAUUUCUUCAGGACAUUACCCCCUUCAUCGAAUCCCAACGGAGCUGAGUUUGACCCUGAGGAGGAUGAGCCAACGUUGGAGGCAUCAUGGCCACACCUACAGUUGGUUUAUGAAUUUUUUCUACGGUUUUUGGAGUCACCAGACUUUCAACCAAAUACAGCCAAGCGUUAUAUAGACCAGAAAUUUGUAUUACAACAAUUAGAAUUAUUUGACAGUGAAGACCCUAGGGAAAGAGAUUUCUUGAAAACAAUAUUACACAGAAUAUAUGGCAAAUUUCUGGGACUUCGAGCAUACAUCAGGAAACAAAUCAACAAUAUAUUUUAUAGUUUUAUUUAUGAAACAGAACAUCAUAAUGGUAUAGCAGAAUUACUAGAAAUAUUGGGAAGUAUUAUAAAUGGUUUUGCGUUACCACUGAAGGAGGAGCACAAAGUUUUCCUUCUAAAGGUGUUGUUACCCCUCCACAAGGUGAAGUCUUUGAGCGUGUACCACCCACAGCUGGCCUACUGUGUGGUACAGUUCCUUGAAAAGGACCCCAGCCUAACAGAACCUGUCAUAAUGGGAUUAUUGAAAUUUUGGCCAAAGGUCCAUAGUCCAAAAGAGGUGAUGUUUUUGAAUGAAUUGGAAGAGAUUUUAGAUGUGAUAGAACCCGCUGAGUUCACCAAGGUGAUGAACCCACUUUUCAAACAGCUAGCCAAAUGUGUGUCCAGUCCCCACUUCCAGGUGGCAGAGAGAGCUCUGUACUUUUGGAAUAAUGAGUACAUCUUGAGUUUGAUCACAGACAAUGCCUCUACCAUCCUGCCUAUCAUGUUCCCAGCUUUGUAUAGGAGCAAGGAGCACUGGAACAAGACGAUACAUGGGCUUAUAUACAAUGCUCUGAAGCUAUUCAUGGAGAUGAACCAGAAACUGUUUGAUGAUUGUACGCAACAGUACAAGGCAGAGAGACAAAAGGAAAAGGAAAAGAAUAAGCAUAGAGACGAUGCAUGGACAAAAGUGCACAACCUAGCGUUAGGAAAUCCUCAAUUCAGAGAGUAUGCAAUUUUUUUAACUAAUGGUGAGAAGCCGGGAAAUCCAGGGACGCCUAACAGUAUAGGGACCGAGGAGGAUGGGGAGGUUGUCGUCAACAUGGAAAAAUUACAAAGGGAGGCCAACGAGAUACAAGCAAGUAAUGCUAAAAAAAUUGGCAAGAAAACAGAGCUCAUGUUCCACGCUGAUGCUAAAGGAUUGGACAUGCUCACCUCUGACUUCGGAAAACUACAGAAGAAAAAAGCGAAAGAAAAACCACUGUUGCGUCGAAAGUCAGAAUUACCACAUGACAUGACUAUGAUAAAAGCUCUGGAUUCUCAUAAGCGGUCGGAUGAUUUCCUUUCUACCUCGUCAGAGGGAAACAACUGAUACGUUGGACACAAACCUGGCAGAAUGGACACCGUAGAGGAGGGCGACAUUUUUACUUGCUUUCACUGGACAAUCAUGCUAACAAACAUGGGGAUGUGGGGCCCUGGCCUGACCGCAAGGGAUACAGGGCUCCAACGAGGCCUGACCACUGGGACACUGAUGACCAGGAAGGUGACAUGUGAUGCGAGUUGGUACUCAGCUAAGUGUGGCUGUGUGCUGCAUCUGGUAGUGUGUAGAUAAUCAUUAUACAUAGAUAUGAAUAUUAUAUAAACAAAUCUUUAAUCUAUUCAUUUUAUUAUUGUACAUAGUGUAAGAUUUAUAAUUUUAAAUUUUGUUUGGUUGCAUGUACAGAACUGGUAUAAAAGCCUGGCUGUGGAAAUGGUGAAGGGGAAAUAUAUGUAUUUAAAUAAAAUAUACUUUAUAAUGUAAAAUACACGUUGAUAUGCUCAACUGACAGGUUUCAGUUCCAUAUCAGACAGAGUUGUUCCCUCUUCACUGCCGAACCAAUCAGGAUUUUAUACACUGUGUGCGUGUGUGUUUGUAUAUGUGUCUGAUGGUACGUUUUUAUAACAAUAUGGACCAAUGAAUUUUUUAUAGGAGAGCGACCACCUGAUAAGGAGAUAACAGGUCAGAUUGUCACAAAGGAAAUUAACAUUGUAAAGUAAACAAUAAUGAGUAAAAAUUAUUUUCUUUUGAAUAACUUGGCCUGAAAGUGGUGUAAUAGAAAUAUGUCUAUUUGGUUGUGAGAGCGAGCACGGAGAAUAGACAUGAACUAUUGGCCAACUUAAGGUCAUACACAACAUUUGUGUAAGUUGUGAAAGUGACGCAUGUUUAAGAAAUUGUUUUGUAACAUGUGUAACUUGCCAAAAUAAGGCUGUUUUGUUAUGUUUAAGGUAGAAAUAAACAUUAUUUUCGACCAUGCUCACUCUGAAUGAUAGGAGUCUGUACUUGGGAAAAGAUUGACUUUAAGAUUGGAAUAAGGAUGUGGCUUAAGGCUAGAGUGAACUUGCUAUAGAAGUGUUUGAAGGAUUUUUUAAUGAAAAAUUAUUUGGUUUUGUAGCAGAAUAGAUAUAGCUGAUCUGGAAGGCUAUUUAGGUAGCUAACGGCUAAUGUCUUGGUUGAUCCAGUGCCCAAGCAUGAUUUAUUCAUGGUGUAUAGCACAGCCUCUGGUUCGGUGUGAUGUUCAGGCAUGGUCUGUUGAAGCUGUCUUGACUGAAUGUACAAUCUCUGGUCUAUGACAUUGAGACACUGCACAUUUGAUGGCGUCUCACCUGGUUCUAUAUAGUAGCCAGACAACUCAGCCAUGUGCCAAGUUUUUUCUGGGGAAUGUAAUGUAUGUUAGCAUCUGUGAUUCUAUAUGGGAACAAUUUUUUUAGGCUAUCACUGGUCUUAAUAUCUUGUUAGUGUUAACUUUUUGAUUGACUAUCCAGUACCUAUUCUCUAUCAUGGUCUAAUUAUGUUUCCUAAGCUAAUCUUAUUGAAAAGUGUAUUGAAAUAUUUCCUGGUGUUAUGUUGAUCAUCACACACUAGGUGGGUUUAUGUUGAUGGUCUAAAUUGAAAUAGGACAUUUGUUUAAUAUAUGCGAAAUCCCUGACAAGUGUCUUGACAGUGUCCAACAUUCCCUUCACAGUUUGACCUUUUAUUGGAUGACUGGGCCCCGAGUUUGUAGAUCUAGAUCUCUGUGAACGAUCCCCUCCCCGGCUCCCAUUAGUAUCCAGGUGUAGGAUUUAGAUGGGAAAGCGUGACAGACUUCUCCACAAGUUUCCUCCCCUAACUGUUGUCCACUAUGCAAAUCUUGGGAGGUUUAAGCUGAGUGAAGCUGUCAGUACUGUAUUCCACCCAGGGUGAAAUGUUUGUGAGUUGGAGUGGUGGUGCGACUGUGUUAAGUUACUUAUUUCUGUAGCAGCUUUUCCCCUGGUACAGUUUUCUUAAGAAAUUUCACUUAUAGGUAGAAUCACAAUAAAAGUGCUCUAGUUGUACUGAUCAACACAUUCACUUAACAGUCGGGAAGGACGAUGUCCCAUAUUUUCAGAUAGUGCACCUACAUUUAGUUAACAUUACAUUUCAUACGGGACAAGUCCUACUGGACUUGUCACGCGAUACCUUACCAGUUCUAUUCUUUAUAAUGUACUUCAUUGGUGUGAACAAAUCAUCAGGUAUUUUUAUGUUCAAUUUUGUAUGGUAAUUGUAGAAGUCGAUCGGUAACAUAUCUGAUGUAUACUGUACAAUUUUUAUGUUGUCUGGGAUUACUUUCUCAUUUCUAAUCCUAUGGAUUAGCAUCAAGGCAGUUCAAAUGUUGUCAAACAUCAUUAUGAGUUCAACACUCUUGAAUCGUUACAUUAUACCCGGGAAUGGUUUGAUGUAAUUAUUAUUCAGUAAAAGAUGUGAUUAAUCGGUACAUAUUGUGAUUGUCGGACGUAAGCACUGAAAUACAAAGUGUAACAAGAUAGGUUUUAAUUAAUUCUGUUGUCAGAAAUAAAAUUAUGAUCUUGCAUGACAUUUCUGCUAAAGUUCUACUUGUGAUAAAGCAUUUAAUGAAAUACUCGCUGCUCAGAAUAGUAUUACAUAACCAAACAUUAUACUAGUGAUAAAGAAUGCAAAAGGUGGCCCUGUAAGGAUACAUAUUCUAUGGCCAGUUUGUCUAGUUAGUAAUGAUGAAAUGUAUACAGGAAUUAACAUUAGUCUGGUGGAGUUCAUCUUCAAAGUCCAAGGGUUCCAUUAACACAUUUCUUCCCUGCACCUGUGGAUUUGUCUCGGCAGAAUUUGAAGUCCCUGUACGUGCCACCUUGCCAAUAAUAAUACAUCAGUUGACUAGUCCUACAUAUCUGUGAUCAUGGGAGUAAUGCAUUGAUUUACAAUAAAAGUGAAGUACAUGUGAAUAUUUAACUGAUGGGCUUUCAUCUUGAUUUAGCUUUUUAUCUACAGAGCAUUAUGUACUGCUGUCAGUUCUUGGCCAGAAUUUGAUGUGGUGUACACGUACAAUAUACCAAUCAAAUAUCUGAUGAUGAGCCUUCAGUUUUGUCUUGAUGUUUUCCACAGGUGCAGAUAGGAUAUGCUAUUAUAUGUGGUCUCUUUGGAUUUUGUAAAUGGGUGAAUUUUAUAUAUAUUUAUUCAUUCCCAAGCACUCCUAGAUGUUUUCUAACAGUUUUUUUUAAGAAUGAGUUAUUUUCUUGAAAAGGCUUCAGAAUUUGAAUGCAUGUCACUAAGCUAUUUUAUGUAACUAUACAUGAACACAUUGCUUCAUGGUACAUCAUUCAUAGUAUUAAGUUUUGUCUAUUAGUUUAGUUACACUCUGCUUUUUGUAUUUAUUUAUUACUGAUAAGUAGAGGUACACAUUUACCAGUAGGGACCACAUAAUCAAAAGACUAAUGACUGUUUUGUUUGAUGAGAACAUUUCAUUAAAUGCCCUCUCUGGUAUGUACAGACGAGAUUCUUCUGAAGUGAUGCUUUCGUGUACCGAAUUGAUGUACAUAAUAUAUAUCUCAAUGCAAUUUGUAAAAAAAAACCUACAGUCAUGAUAAAAAAAGCAAUCUUUUGUACUGUAUGUAAUAAUUACAUGUACUUCAUUUUAGAUAUUCAUGCCUAAUAUAAUAAGAUGGUAAUCAUCAUUAUAAAUAGAUCAAAGUAACUAAACAAAAACAUGCAAAGAAAUAUCUAUUAUGCAGCUACGUUGCUUGCAGUUUGAAUUGCUACAUGUAUUUUGGUUAGUUGGUUGUAUUGAUCUCGUAGUUUUUGUUCUCUAGAAAAUGAGAAUAAGUUAAAGAAAAGAAUGUUUAUGAAAACAACAAAAAAACUCUAUUAAUGCAAAAACAUUAAAUGUAAUGAUACUUUUUGAUAUUGGUCGGCGUUUUAGUUUUCUUGUCCAUUUAAAAGUCGUCAGUUUGUGGAGCACAAAUGUAUUAUGAUCAAUGUAUUUCAUUUUAAGCUUGCAUUUUUUUUUUUAAAUGCAAUGAGCAUUUUAGUAGUGUUCGGUGAUAUGUUGAUGUGUCCUACUGUACACAUCUGACAAAGCGAGAUAAUGUAUGGAUGUAUUCAUAGACCUGUAUCAACUGUGAUUAUUUGUAGUAUCAUUUUUUAUCAGGAACAAAACUUAUUUUAUGGGUGAUGUAAGGAAACGAAUGCCUGUCUACCCUAGAUUUAAUCAGCAAUGACGUUAGUUAUUGCAGAAACUUGAUAAUGGUGGAUGUUAAUGUAAUGAACUGUUGUCAUUCUACAGAAACAAAAACACUUGUCUGUACAAUAAAAACAAGUAGUAACUUGUGAGAAUGGA